AUGGUCCCCCUCACUCCGUUCCCUCACCACCUUCUGCUCUUCUUCAUCCAUCUUGCUCUCCUCCCUCUUGCUUUCAUUGAAUUGGUGGUCCUGGUCUAUAGACCUGUCGCGGUCAUGUUUCAGCGCUUCCGCGACGCCAUCGACUCUCGGAUAGCAGAGGAACAGGCCCGCCAGAAAACCGCCCAGGACAAUAUCUCUCGGUCCAAGUCCGCUCGUCGUCCGGCCGCCAGUACCAACUCCCCCGGCCAACGGCCUCUCCCCAGACGAAACAGUGGCACCCCCGUUCGCGGACCCGACCCCAACGAAUUCGAGGCUGAGUUUACCAUCGGUGACGAUGAGGAAUCCAGUCGCUCGGGCACCCCUCGCCCGGAGACCUCCGACUCCGUUUCAGAAAUGAACCCCCCGGCGGAAGGCAACAGCGCGGAGAAGGUGGAAGGCUCGACUACCACAGACUCAACGGAAAAGAAGACCGGCUCGGGAGCGGACAGGGAAUCCAGCGAUCAGAAACCUUCCGAACUACCGGCAGAUGUCAAAGCCCGAUUACGGAGGCUCGAUAAACUCGAAUCGCGAUACCAUGAACUCCUCAAAGCGUACCGUGUUGCGCAUUCACGCGUCCUUUCCAUUGAACCGUUCGAAGCUGCCCUCCGCGAAAACACUCCGCUCACCUCGAUCGGCGAACCGAAGGCGCUGACCGAGUAUCUGAACCAGAUGUCACUCAAGAGCGAUAUGGUGGUGGAGGAGCUCAAGCGCGUCACGACCGACCGAGACGGCUGUAAAAAGAAGAUGGAAGAGGCACAAAAGUCCGCCAAGGAUGCAUGGGACGAGGUUGCUGGGCUCAAAAAGCAGGCGUCUACGAAGCAAGAAAAGAAGUCACCCGACGAGACUAAGGAGACCAGCGAAGAGUUCUUCUCCUUCGACAGUGAGAUUCCUCGACUGGAAGGAGAACUGAAGGAAAAGCAAGAGGAGGUGGACACUCUCAAAACCGAAGUCGAAAAGCUCAAGAAGGACAUGUCCGUCACGCGCGAGUCCACGGAGGGAAUGGUUCAGAACCUGGAGACUUCGACUCGGGAGCUUGUUGAGUUGCGCGAAACCAAGGACAAGCUGGACGCGGAGAUUGAAACCCUGAAGGCUUCGAAAGGCGAGGUCGAUGAGCUAAAGACCAAGCUUGCCGCAGCGGAAUCGUCGCUUGAAAAGACCGCUGCGGAGGCUGAGAAGCUCAAGAGCGAGCUCAAGGAGAAGAGCGACGAAAUCGAGAAGCUACAGGCCCAGGCUGCUGAUGCCGAGAAGACCAACAAGGCUGAGCCAAGUCCCGAGUUGGUGUCCCAACUCGAAGAGGCCAAGAAGGACAUGGAUGCCAGCGAAAAGAAGCUGGGUGUUGUGCAGGGUCUGGUGGACAGCCUUCGUUCUCAGCUUAAGGACACCGAAUCGAGCGUGUCGGACCUGAAGGCAGAGAUCAGCGAAAAAUCGGAGAGCUCUACCAAGCUUCAAAGCAUUGUCGAUUUCGUGGACGAGAACUUGAAGGAUAUCACUGCCUGGAAAUCCGCCAAGGAGAAUGUCUCUGCUGGAAAGAAGGCCGAUUUCGACGAGAUCCGCAAGAGCCUUGCCCCUGCUGAAAAGUCCACUGAACCGAGUACAACUGCUGCCGAGGAAGAGCCCCAACCUGCCGCAGCAACUGGAGCUGCCGGUGGCGGCGGCGGCGGCGGCGGAAAGAAGAAGAACAAGAAAAAGAAGAAGGGUGGUAACGCAGCAGCAGAAUCCACGAAGCCCGCGGAGCCUACCUCCAAAGAGCAGCCAUCUCCGGCAGAGCCUUCCCCGGCUGCCGCAGAUCUUGAAGAACUCAAGGAAAAGAUUGAAUCCCUCACCAAACAACUAUCCGAAAAAGAAACGGCCAUCGAUCGCCUUAGCGCUAAGCUUAAGGGUGAAGAUGACCUCAAGGAGGAGAUUGAGUCCCUACGUGAUGAUCUGAUCAACGUUGGACAAGAGCACGUUACAGCCAAAGACAAGAUCAAGGAGCUCACAGCUGAGAAGUCCGCUUUGGAAGAGACCAUCGGCAAGCUGGAGAAAGAGCUCGUCGAAAUCCGUACCAGCCACUCCUCAAACACCGCCGACUCGGAGAAGGUGCACAACGAUCUCAAGGAUGAAUUUGAGCGUGUCAAGGUCCGCGCCGCCACCCUAGAGACGGACCUGUCCGCCGCGCAGCAGCUCGCAGCCACUCGGUUCAAGGAUCUCACCGACCUGCGUGAAACCCUCCAGAAGAUCCAGCCCGAGUUGCGUAACCUGCGAAGCGAAUCGUCCGAACUGAAGACCAUAAAGGAGACUCUUAGCGGAAAGAACACCGAGUUGCGGGCGCUUGAAGCCAAGCAUGAGGAUCUGCGACAGGAGUUGAAGACCACCAAGAAUCGGAUCACAGAGCGAGACUCUGAAGUCAACACCUUGAAUAAGAAGGUUCGUCAAGAGACGGACAGCCGUCUCAAGGCGGAGGAGAAUCUCACCGUUGCGCAGUCCAACCUGCGCACCGCCGAGACUAAGAAGCAGGAGGCAAUCAAUGCCAAGGAUAAGACUGCGGCAGACCUCACGAAAGCACAAGACGGGCUCAAGAGCACCCGCUCCAAGAUGCGUGAGAUGGAGGAGCAGAUGUCCCAACUGACCAAGGAACUGGAAAGCCUCCGCGAAGAGACCCAGUUGAAGACUGCUCAGGCCGCCAGCGCACAGAGUCUGAUGAACAACAUGCGUGAUCAGACGUCCGAGGUCGCCAUGCAGAUGAAGGAGGCACGCGAGAAAUGCGAGAGUCUAGAGGAGGAGCUCUCCGAUGCUCACCGUCUGCUGAGCGAGCGUACGCGCGAAGCCCAGACCAUGCGCGGUCUUCUCAACGACAUCGAGAGCCGCGCCGAGGCCAAGGUGCGUGACUUCAAGGAGCGCAUGGAGGCAGCCAUUGAAGAGCGAGACCGCGCCGAAGAUGAGGCCAGCACCCAGGGCCGUCGCCGGGCACGAGAGCUUGAAGAACUCAAGGCCAAGAUCCGCGAAGCCGAACGGGCACUCCGCACCGUCGAGCACGACAAGGAAGAGCUUGAAGACUCUCAGAAAGAUUGGCGUCGUCGUCGUGACGAACUAGAGGAGAUUUCCGAAAAGUCUACCCAGGAAGUCAACGAGAUCCGGGAAGCCAUGGCCGGCCUGCGCGAGCAACUCGACGAGAGCGAGAAGCAAGUGCGCGACCUCGAGAAAGAGAAGGCCGAGUUGCGCCGCUCAGUCGAAGAGACCAACAACCGACUAGAAAAGUUGCGACGAUCGCACAAGACGCUCGGCGAAGACGUCCGUUUGCGCGGACUGGAUUCUGGCCGGCAAUCGUCACGGUCAUCCAUCGAUUCCGGAUCUCGACGUGGUCUUGCGUCUCCGGUCGCUCAGGAUCGCAGCACCUCCAGCCGCCGGAGCGAGACCCCCUCCGGUGGAGCCAGCGGCGGGUCCAUUGACUACAUGUACCUGAAGAACGUCCUGCUACAGUUCAUGGAGCAGCGGGACAAGAACUACCAGAAGCAGCUGAUCCCCGUAUUGGGAAUGCUGCUUCAUUUCGACCGAACGGACGAGCAAAAGUGGAUGUCGGCCAUCAUGUCCAAGUGA